AUGCCCACGGGCUACGGAUUUCUCAAGAAGGGCAAUCCCUUCAUGACAGCGCUCUGCCGCAAAGAAACCCACGCCGCCAAAAAGACGCUGUAUGUUGUGACGAAAUGCGGCAAACAAGAAGGACUGAGAGCGCCCAUACGGGUUCUACGGCAUGUCCGCUCAGAGGAGAAGAAGACUCGCGAAAAGAGACGUGGCGCUGUCCAACGGCGCGAUGCAGCUACCGAAGAUGCAUUUGAAGCAGCUACUCUGAAGCUUUUCCCCAAGAUUCCAAAGCAGGAUCUUACCACAAUCCUCAAGCGCACUCUCAGGAAACGGAGCGGCCGGGUCGGCCGUACGGGAAAGUUGGAUCUGGACAAGAAGGCAUAUCUAGCAGUUCAGGCGCAUGCUCGACACUGCCACACAGACUACGACAAGCUCCUCAAACAAGCAUCUCAAGGCCGGGACGCCGCCAGGAGAGCUAUUCGGGACAAGGUGUCCAGGCUCUUGAUAGAAUGGGGUGGCGAUCCAACAACGGUGGCAUCGGGAGGCAACCUUGGCCACAAGAACCCCAAGAGGGAGCCCCGGAAGAGUCUGGCAGUCCGAACACAUCAAGCUAGGAGACGGCGCGCGUCCUUUACAAAGCCUGUACUCGUACGGCACAAGCAUAUGCCAGCGCUCAAACAGCUCUCGAAACAGAGCCGAGCUCCAAAGGAGAACGAGGCACGGCCGCAGCCGCAGCCGCAGCCACAGCCAGACGUCAUUGAUUUGACGCAAGACUCAGAUGAGCCCGAGGAAAGCGGAUCGACAAGUCAAGCAUUUUCCGAGGGCGAGUGCCAGGAUGCUGGCGACGGCUCAUAUGAGCUGUCCGAUGUGGUGGAUUCUGACGGAGAUUAUGAGGUAGACAGCGACUGGCUGCCAGAAUGA